AAAUCGAACAACUCAAGCUGCCUAGUAAAGGCCUCAAGUUUUUACACCACGCCCACGACUGUUUUCCCUCUUACUUGGAACUGCAGAUUUAACCAGUUUAAGUGACAGAAUAUGUCAGCUAAAAAUGCCUUUGUCUAGCUUGCAGUUAAUGCUUCAAUGUUUCAGCGUCGGGCCUCUGGGGCGGGAAGGCCACUUUCAAAGUUCCAUGCUUGGAUUCAUAACAUCGGCUGAGAUUGAAUUCUUUGCCAACAGCGACAUUUUCAUUGCAAAUAAAUUAAUCACACUGGCUUGGCAGUGAGGAAAUAAUAUGACAACGCUGAAGUGAGAGCAGAACAUGGACGUAGUUGUGCGCAAUAACCACAGAGGACACAAGGAGUCUGCUGUCCAGGCCGAGCACUUGAAACUGCCGGACCUAGGACUGAGACUGAAAGCUCAGGGCAUUCACAACAAGUACCUCUUCAAAGACAACAUCCCAGAAUACCCAAGGCCAGAGUUCUGGGUUUCCCAGCUCAAACACGACACGAAUGAAGGCGGGCUAUUUGGCAUAGCCGUCGAAAGCCAAGGGGGGUUCUGUGCUAGGGACAGAGAAGAGGGGCCAGAGGACCCAGAAGAGGGGCCAGAGGGUUUGGACCUGCUGUGGUGGAGCUUGUCUUUGGGAGCAGAGGAGAUGGCCUCGGCUGAACAACGUCUGCUCCAGACCAGGUACCCUGACAGGACAGAGGAGCAGGCCAGGGAGCAGAAAUCCUUCCUGCAGAGGUUCGCCACCUCACCUGCCUUCCUGGACACCUCUCGGCUGGGCUCCUACCGCUUCACCUUCCCCCUGGAGGAGCUACUUAAGAGAUACCGGGAACAGCUAUGCGUUGGACACGAGCCAAUCCUGCGUGUGUAUGAGACAGUCCUGUACAAACAGGAGGUGAUGUACUCAGUGCUAGUCCACAGUCACUUCAACAACGACCUCUUUGAGAAGUACCCUCUCCUCCAGGACAAUGACGAUGGAGUCUGCGCUUACAGAGAUGGACAAAUCAUUUGGAGACCCGAGGCCAUGUGUAAGACACACAGCUUCAAACUGGUGCCAAAGCCCUACCAGAACCAGGAUGUAGCCCACCUGAUCCCUGAUCCACAGAAACACCAGUUCUACGUUUGGGACAACAUUGCUGUAGCGUUCCACAUGGACGGUUCACAGAUGUUGACCUUCGAUACGUACAAUUUGAGAGACCAUCUGAGAUUCUGUGAGCCAGGAAGGCCACCAAUAUCCCCCGACUGUGAGUUCACCACAUACGAGGAGGCCAAAGACAUGGUGGACUGCUAUUGGCCUUACUACCACACCCCCCUGUUCUGAUUAACUUACUACCACACCCCCUGUUCUGAUUAACUUACUACCACACCCCCCUGUUCUGAUAAACUUACUACCACACCCCCUGUUCUGAUUAACUUACUACCACACCCCCUGUUCUGAUAAACUUACUACCACACCCCCUGUUCUGAUUAACUUACUACCACACCCCCCUGUUCUGAUUAACUUACUACCACACCCCCCUGUUCUGAUAAACUUACUACCACACCCCCUGUUCUGAUAAACUUACUACCACACCCCCCAUCCAAACUUACUACCAGAAUGAUGAUGAUCUACUAGGAUGCUUAUUUCUUGAUUUGCUGUUUGGAUUGUUUUCAUGAUUGUGUAUUUGGAUUGUAUUUGAGAGACAUUCUACUCCACUGUUGGAGAUAGUAACACAAUCUUUUCCAUGCACGUGCCAUAACACCUGCAAAUCUGUGUACGUGACCAAUAAACUUUGAUUUGAUGAUGAUUUUGAAGUCAAACGUAAAGGAAAGUUAAAAUUGUUAUUCUUUCAACAUGCUUCACUGGUUUAAACCCAGUAAGCUACAUGUGUUUGUGUUUUUGUUAGUCAUCACUCUUUCUUUGUCAGGUUUGAGAACAUAUUGCUUUUGUUAGUCAGCAGUACUAUAUUGUUUGUCAGGAUUGAGAAAAUAUUGCUUUUGUUAUUUUUGUGCCUUUGCUCUACAAGGAGCUAAAAGGACUCAAGUAUUUUUUGUUAAGUUAGAAUUUUUAAGAAAAUAAAUCUUCUACAUUGGGACUAAA